AUGGAGAUGAAGAUGGAGUCAUUCCCUCAAUGGGUCUACCGGGAGAAUAUGGCUAUGGAAAUCACUUCAUUUUAUUGGAAGAUGGCUCUAUCAUCUCAACUUUCCCUCUGUAGAUCUUUGUCCGGCUCUGUUAUGGGAAGAGGGGCGAAAGCCCGCUGGCAUGGGGCGCCGGGUGCCAUCAAGUCCGUUGAUGACAUCGGCAAGACUGCGACUGUCGAGUAUAUUGGGACCUCUUGA